AUGAGGAGGACUGAUCCAUCAGCAAAGGUCAGCAGUGGUGGUGGUGCUAAUAAGCUUAGGAAAGGGUUGUGGUCGCCAGAGGAAGACGAUAAGCUCAUCAACUAUAUGUUGAGCAAUGGGCAGGGGUGUUGGAGUGAAGUGGCUAGGAGUGCUGGCCUGCAAAGGUGUGGGAAGAGCUGCCGGCUCCGUUGGAUCAAUUAUUUGAGACCUGAUCUCAAACGAGGAGCCUUUUCUCCACAAGAAGAAGAGCUUAUUGUUCAUUUGCAUUCCAUUCUUGGCAACAGGUGGUCCCAAAUAGCGGCUCGUCUACCUGGUCGUACCGACAAUGAAAUAAAGAACUUUUGGAAUUCGACAAUAAAGAAGAGGCUAAAGAAUUUGUCAUCCACACCCGAUACCAUGUCAAUGCAAGAACAAUGCAUGUUGCCUAUGUACAUGGAUUUACCAUCAACCUCGUCCAAUUCUUCCUUUCAAUCCAAGGUCCUGAACCAUGCCACGACCGGCAACUCUUUAGCAAUGCUCGAGCAUGGACUCGACGUAUUCGGGGCGACCGGAUACAUCAAUCCAGCCUCACGUGCCACAGAGAUUACGAUAAAUGGAGACGGCUUUUGCGGCGAAAACGAGAUGUCAGGCAGUGUUGACUAUGUCCCUCCUUUGGAAAGCAUUGGAGAAAAGAACCGUAAAACCGAACAUACAGUUGACGUAUGGAACAGCAACAACACUUUCAAUGUCAUAAGCAGUAGUAAUAGUAGAGACAACGUUAGCAAAUCCGAAAACAUAGGCAACGCGGCUGUUGGGGAUUUUUGGAUAGGAGAAGAGCUACAAGUUGGAGAAUGGGACUUUGAGGACUUGCUGAAAGAUGUUUCUUCCUUCCCUUUUCUUGAUUUCCAAAGCUGAUAUGUAUAUAUAUAUAUAUAUAUCCUACUCAUACAAUCCACUUCUUUACUGGAAAAAAAAUAAACACAAAAAGAGCAUGUUUUUGGGGUU